AUGAUAAAUCAAAACCAACAUGCUUGGCAACAAUUUGACAAAUCAAAACCAACAUGCUUGGCAACGGAUUGGUCAAAAAAUGGCAUUGGAUUUUGGUCAUUCCAAAAACAUUGUACCUGUGAUUCCACUGACACGUUCUGCUGCCCAACCGGGUGGAAAGUCACACUAGUCGGCAGUCACUUAACCCAUGCCGCAGAAUCGCGAUAUGCGCCAAUAGAAGAAGCUCUGGCCGUAGCUGAUGCUCUCGACAAGACCAGAUUCUUUGUCUUGGGCUGUACCGACCUAACAAUCGCUGUUGACCACAAGCCAUUAUUAAAAGUGUUUGGCGACCGCUCUUUCGAAGACAUCCCCAAUGGCAGACUACGAAACCUCAAGGCGAAAACCCUUCGCUAUCGGUUCAAAAUGGUCCACGUCCCCGGUGUUAAGCACAGAGCUGCUGACGCGCUAUCUCGCCACCCAACAGGUCCAACCAACCCAGAAAGGAUGCUACUACCAGACGACGUCGCGGCUACCACUGACUCAGAAGCCACCUUCCCUUUCAACGACCUUGGCUACUUUUUCCUAGCAGGCAUCCGCUCUCAGGAUCCACCACGCAACUACAACCCAGAUGAUCAACUGGCUUCAUCAGCCUUGGCGGCACUCAGCACCAUGGCAAUAACAUGGGAUAGAGUUAAGCUGGCGACCACAAGCGACCAUGACAUGACACAAUUGAUCACCCUCAUCGAAUCUGGGUUUCCCCAGCUCAGACACGAAUUACCAUCCAACCUUCAAGAAUACUACCCAUUCCGCGACCAUCUCCAUACCAUAGACGGUGUCAUCAUGUACAAGGAGAGAAUUGUCAUCCCCCCUCCGCCCACACAUCCUCAGUGUACUACAUUGUGCCCACCAAGGAGUGACCUCCAUGAUAGCAAGAGCCAAGUCAGUCUUCUGGCCACGCAUCACUCUCUCUAUCACAGCGCUUCGAACCAACUGUCAACACUGCAACCGCAUGGCCCCCUCUCAACCCAGCGCCCCACCCUACCCUCCCACACCAGCGAUCUACCCUUUUCAAUGCAUCUGUGCAGACUUCUUUCACCACACAGGCAUGCAAUACCUCGUAAUUGUUGAUCGUUACUCUAACUGGCCAAUCAUCGAGCGAGCACAAGAUGGGGCGAAAGGUCUAAUCAACUGCUUAAGACGCCUGUUUGCCACUUUCGGAAUCCUUGAUGAGUGCGCUACAGAUGGUGGCCCAGAAUUCACUGCAGCCUCCACCUGUCAGUUCUUUAAAGAUUGGGGAGUUAACCACCGUCUUUCCUCCGUGGCAUUCCCGCAUUCCAACUGCAGGGCCGAGAUAGGCGUUAAAACCGUUAAACGCAUCAUAACCAACAACACAGACACACGAGGAAGUCUUGACACCGACUCCUUGCAACGCGCAAUCCUACAAUAUCGCAACACACCAGACCCAAGCACCAACCUAUCCCCCGCACAAUGUGUCUUCGGCAGACCCAUCAAGGACUUCAUCCCCAUAUUAUCAGGCCGAUACAUCCCCCACCCCACAUGGAGAGACACCCUAUCUGCCAGAGAACAAGCUCUAAGAAACCGCCACAUGCAAGCGUCAAAACGCUGGUCCGAACACACCAAACGACUACCACCCCUGAAAGUUGGCGACCAUGUUCGCAUCCAAAACCAAACUGGGCCCCACCCCACCAGAUGGGAUAAAACCGGCAUUAUCAUGGAAGUACGCCAGUUUGACCAAUACGUCGUCAGAGUUGAUGGUUCUGGUAGAGUCACCAUGUGCAAUCGCAAGUUCUUACGACAAUAUGUCCCUGUUGGUAUCUUACCACCUCGUCACACGAUCAUGGAUGAUCUACGCCACGUCACUACACCUUCAGCUGACACACCAACCCUCCCUAACCCACAACCGAUGCUACCCGAACAACCUCAACCUAACCACAAUGGCGAAAAACCUAGAAACCUACCCAAUCCCAUUCCACCACCAAGCAUCCCAACAGAUGUAAACCCACUACCGAUUACCGCCCCCAAUGUUGUACCAAUAACUCUAGGUACUCCACCACCCACAGCGGACCAACAAGCAACCGACAACCAGGUCCCUUCAAGAAACAAGAAAUCACCUUUAGCCCUGAGAAGACUACUAGGCCACAAUAGAAAAGGACUAAAAGAAUAA